GCUGCGUUGAAUGGUCAUAAUUCCGUAGUGGACGUCCUCCUGGCGGGGGGCGCCGACGUCAAUGCCAGAGACUGCUGGGGCCUAACUCCCAUAGACUGUGCGCAUUAUCAUCAGGCUGUGAAGGAAGUCCUGCUGGCGUAUAGGGACAAUCCCGAGAAGCAGAAGAAGGAGAUGAGGAAGCUGUACGACUCGAAGGUGGCGGAGGCAGCCACCCUGCAGAAGGAAAACGAAAAGUUGAAGAAGGACCUUCAGGAAAAGGAAAAGGUAACUCAGGAAAAAAUCGACGAGCAGAAGGAGAUGAGCAAGAGGUACGACUUGAAGGUGGCGGAGGCAGCCACCCUGCAGAAGGAAAUCGAAAAGUUGAAGAAGGACCUUCAGGAAAAGGAAGAGGAAAGCAAGGAAAAAAUCGACGAGCAGAAGGAGAUGAGCAAGAGGUACGACUUGAAGGUGGCGGAGGCAGCCACCCUGCAGAAGGAAAUCGAAAAGUUGAAGGAGGACCUUCAGGAAAAGGAACAGGAUAACAAGGAAAAACUCGACGAGCAGGAGAAGAAGAUGAAGACAGAAAUCAAAAAGGUAGAGACUGAGUACGAGGCCAAACUGCGGGACUCGAACAUGGCCCUCAACAUCAAAGACGACGAGGCAGCCGACCUGAAGAGGGAGAACAGAGAACUGAUGCAAGAGAUUGGAAGAAAGGAAGAAGAGAUCACAUCUCAAAAGGAGCAGGUGAAGCAAGCACAAUUGCAUCAGCGAAGGUGUGAGAGUGAUGCGAGAGAGCAUGAAGCCGAGAAGGAAGGUCUCAACGAGCAAAUCGCAGAUCUUCAGGAAUACAUUGCAACUUUACAGGCAGAGCACAAUGAAAGGAUGAAAAGUCUCAAAAGCCGGGAGAAGAGGAAGGAGAAAGAGGCAGCCAAAGCGAGAGGCGAGCUUGAGAAGAAGCUCAGUAGACGAGACAAGACGAUCGAGGCCCUCAAGAAAAAGCUCAGUGAUCAAGCAGAGGAAAGAGAAACGGACUCGCAACUCGAAGAGGAGGACAGCGUGUUAAAGCGAAUGAUUAGGCAGUUCCUAGAGCAAGAAGGAAAAAGCAAAAAACUUCAGUCCUCUGACUCAGGCAGGAGGAGCAGGGCCUGGGGAGCAGCUGGCAGCGACGAGGGGGCUAGGGGAGCGGCAGGCAGGAGAGACACUUCUCAGCAAGCAGCUGGCAGCAGAGGCAAGGCUAGGAGAGCACCACAAACCGACGAGCCUGUGCAGGCCGCAGGCAGGGCUGAGCGUCCGGAAGCAGCAGGCAGGAGGGAAGGGGCAGGGCGAAGGGCAGACAGGAGGGCCAAGUCUAAGGGGGUAGCCGACAGGGACGAGUUGCCAAAAGAAGACGACAGGGACGAGUUGCCAAAAGAAGACGACAGGGACGAGUUGCCACAAGAAGACGACAGCGACGAGUCGCCAGAAGAAGAUGACAGCGACGUGUCGCCAGAAGAAGACGACAGCGACGAGUCGCCAGAAGAAGAUGACAGCGACGAGUCAGUGUGAUUUCAUCCAGCUUUGUAAAGAUCGUGUGUAAAAUAGUUAAUAAAUAUGUAGGGGA